AUGGAGCGCCAGCGGAGGCGUUCCUUCAAGAUCAAGACGAGCUUCGGCGAUGCCCGCCAGUGGAGGAGCCGCAAGAACCGGCCGUGCGAUACAGGCUUGCAAUGUACCUCGACCGAAGAUGGGCGGACGCGGCAAUUUCGAUCAUCUCGACUGCCUCUAGAGGACCAGUCUGUGACGGAAGAUACGCCAGCAGCCUGUGAUCAGGAUGACUCAUUACUAGAAUCAAAUAGUGAAAACGUUUCAUUUGAUAUAUCUCCCGGGGGACCUCCCAAUACCUCGCCAAGACCUGCGGGAGCCUUACCAUGCCUAGAAACGCAGCAAUCAUCCUAUAGGCAAUCACUCGCCAGUGUUAUUGUUACACCAAAUUCCCAGAUAUAUACCCUCGAGGACAAUGAGAACCGCACGGCCCAUUGUAUGGGCCUGUCUGGCGAGCAAGACACCGAUCUCCUAGCAUCAUUUCGAUCCGUGAUCAUAAACGAGCAGGAUGGAGUCAGUGCAGAUGUUUUCCAAGUAUAUCCCGGCGAUCCAGUCCAAAAGAAGCAUCCGAUCCAUUUUAAUAUCCUGCACGAUGAGUUUCAGCCUUCAGACGACAUUGCCAAAGCGAGGGCAUCUGAAAUAAUCGAGUCUAUGGUGUCGCCACAUUCCUCCGCAUUGAUUCGGCUCUUCUUCAAACAUGUCCAUCCUGUCUAUUGUGUGGUUUCAAAAUUCAGGUUUCUGAAGGAAUUCGCAACAGAUAAGCUCAAGAUCCCGGCAUCGCUGCGUGGUGCUGUGUAUGGUCUUGGAGCAAUGUUUUGGCAGCACGAUCCGGACCUCCAAGGAAAUCUACCAUUCAAUUUGCACGAUCUCUUUGAAGAAGCUCAGUCGUCGUUGCAAAGAGAGUUCCAUGCACCUAAUUUGUGGAAUUUACAGGCGUGUCUCCUACUACUAUAUGAGAGGCCGGCUGAUAAUGCGACGAUCGAAACACCACGCACAUGGAUAUUUUCUGCCCGCACCGUUGCUUGUGCUCAGAUGAUAGGAUUGCACCGUGAUCCGAAAUUAUGGAAAAUCGCUCCCUGGGAGAUUAAAUUGCGGAAGAAAUUGUGGUGGGGCACCUACAUGGCCGACCUCUGGUCUUCAAUAUGCCAUGGGAAUCCUCCACAUAUCUACCCUAACUCGUUCACCACUUCAUUGACAGAUAUGGAAGAUUUGGCAUUUGAUGAAAACGUUCCUGACGAGUUUCAUAAUCUGGUAGAUGCGUCAAGUAGGACCGUUGACAUAUCCACCAGUGCUCGCUUUCUGCAGAUGGUCAAGCUGAGCCGGAUUCUACACGAGCUUAUCGAUCUUUAUUUGUGA